GAGAGAGGAGCUGCUACGCCACAGCCCAGCGGCGGCCAUUCGCGGAAAAAGAGGCAGAGCCUGUGCCAGCUACAGCCUCCUCCGAGCCACCGCGGGCGGGCGGGCGGGCAGGCGGGCGGGACCGGCCUCUCCUCCCGCCUCGCCCCCACCCCCACCCACCUCUAUCCCAGUGUCUCUGUCGGAGGGUUUGUCCUGUUAAUGCGGGAUGAGCGAUCAGAAGAAGGAGGAGGAGGAGGAGGCGGCGGCCGCGGCGAUGGCUACAGAAGGAGGGAAAACCUCUGAGCCAGAGAAUAACAAUAAAAAACCUAAAACCUCAGGCUCCCAGGACUCUCAGCCCUCUCCUCUGGCUUUACUGGCAGCUACUUGCAGCAAAAUAGGGACUCCUGGUGAAAAUCAAGCAACUGGACAACAACAGAUUAUUAUAGAUCCAAGCCAAGGAUUGGUACAGCUUCAAAACCAACCACAACAGCUAGAACUGGUAACAACACAACUUGCUGGAAACGCUUGGCAACUUGUUGCCUCCACUCCUCCUGCUUCAAAAGAAAAUAACGUUUCUCAACCAGCUUCUAGUACUUCUAGUUCUUCCAGCAGUAAUAACGGGAGUGCAUCUCCUACAAAAACUAAAUCAGGUAAUUCUUCCACCCCAGGUCAAUUUCAAGUCAUACAAGUACAAAAUCCCAGUGGUAGUGUACAGUAUCAAGUGAUUCCACAACUUCAGACAGUAGAAGGUCAGCAAAUUCAAAUCAACCCAACUAGUAGCUCAUCUCUACAGGACUUGCAGGGUCAAAUUCAGCUAAUUUCUGCAGGUAAUAAUCAAGCUAUACUCACAGCUGCUAACAGGACAGCUUCUGGGAAUAUUCUUACUCAAAACCUGGCAAAUCAGACAGUUCCAGUCCAAAUUAGACCUGGUGUUUCAAUACCACUGCAAUUACAGACCCUUCCAGGUACUCAGGCUCAAGUUGUAACAACUCUACCAAUUAACAUUGGAGGAGUGACUUUAGCUUUGCCAGUCAUAAACAACGUGACUACUGGAGGAGGGACUGGACAAGUUGGCCAGCCUGCUACUACUACUGAUAGUGGGACUUCCAAUGGGAAUCAGUUAGUUUCCACACCCACAACUACCACUGCUUCAACUAGUACUAUGCCGGAAUCUCCCUCUUCCUCCACUACCUGCACAACCACUGCUUCUACAUCUCUAACUAGCAGUGACACAUUAGUGAGCUCAGCAGAUACGGGCCAGUAUGCAAGCACAUCAGCCAGUAGUUCUGAACGCACCAUUGAAGAAUCGCAAACACCUGCUGCUACCGAGUCUGAAGCCCAGAGCUCCAGCCAGCUUCAGCCCAAUGGGAUACAGAAUGCACAGGAUCAGUCAAAUUCUCUGCAGCAAGUGCAGAUUGUAGGCCAGCCUAUCCUACAACAGAUCCAGAUCCAACAGCCUCAGCAACAGAUUAUUCAGGCUAUUCCACCACAGUCAUUUCAACUCCAGUCAGGGCAGACUAUUCAGACCAUCCAGCAGCAGCCUUUGCAGAAUGUUCAACUUCAAGCAGUAAAUCCGACUCAGGUGCUUAUCAGGGCUCCAACUUUAACACCUUCAGGGCAAAUCAGUUGGCAAACUGUACAGGUUCAGAAUAUUCAGAGUCUUUCAAAUUUGCAAGUUCAGAAUGCUGGGUUAUCCCAACAGUUAACCAUCACCCCAGUGUCUUCAAGUGGUGGCACAACUCUUGCUCAGAUUGCUCCUGUGGCUGUUGCUGGUGCCCCAAUAACUUUGAAUACUGCCCAGCUUGCAUCAGUGCCUAACCUUCAAACAGUGAGCGUUGCCAACCUGGGUGCUGCAGGCGUUCAAGUGCAGGGAGUUCCAGUAACAAUCACUAGUGUUGCAGGUCAGCAGCAAGGACAAGAUGGAGUGAAAGUCCAGCAAGCUACUAUAGCUCCUGUAACGGUGGCAGUUGGAGGAAUUGCUAAUGCAACGAUAGGUGCUGUUAGUCCUGACCAACUCACGCAAGUGCAUUUGCAGCAAGGCCAGCAGACUUCCGAUCAAGAGGUGCAACCUGGCAAGAGGCUUCGAAGAGUUGCUUGUUCGUGUCCUAAUUGUAGGGAAGGAGAAGGAAGGGGCAGUAAUGAACCAGGAAAGAAGAAACAACAUAUCUGCCAUAUUGAAGGGUGUGGGAAAGUUUAUGGCAAAACAUCUCACCUCCGAGCACAUCUCCGCUGGCAUACUGGGGAACGGCCUUUUAUAUGCAACUGGAUGUUUUGUGGCAAAAGAUUCACAAGGAGUGAUGAGCUUCAGAGACAUAGAAGAACCCAUACAGGUGAAAAGAGAUUUGAAUGCCCAGAGUGUUCUAAAAGGUUUAUGCGGAGUGAUCAUCUCUCCAAACAUGUCAAAACACACCAGAAUAAGAAAGGAGGUGGGACAGCUCUUGCCAUUGUUACCUCGGGAGAACUGGACUCAUCUGUUACAGAGGUGCUUGGCUCCCCAAGAAUCGUCACAGUUGCAGCCAUUUCUCAAGAUUCGAAUCCAGCAACUCCCAAUGUUUCAACCAACAUGGAAGAAUUCUGAAAAGUUAUUUAUAACAGAGACCUCUAGUGCUGCACUUAAGUUUACACACCUCUGAAAAUCUGGAAAUGGGCUGGUCAAGUGGAUUAUAGAGUAGGAAAUCAUGUUUUCAUUCUUGGCUUAAGUAUUUUCCAGGGUUUUGUUUCAACACACCAAGUGUUGAAUUAAAAAAAAAAUAGUAAAAGCAAACUGAUGUACUGGAAGCAGAAAAGUAUUUCCUCCAUACUGUAAAUUGUAAUUGUUGGAAGUAUGUCACAUCACCUUUAAACAGAAUCCUCUCCCCUCUUUUAACAUGUGUUGACACAUUUAAAAGGACAAAUCUCAGUAGUUUGCAGGCUAGACAUUAGUUGGACUUUCUUUCUUUGGAAGUACUUUGUUAUAAAUUCAGUCAGUAAUAAUUUAUGCAUAUUUCUUUUUAUAGCACAGAAAACAGAUAGUAAAUUGAUAAUAGGGAAAAUAUAUUUCCAUAGCUGAUUUCGGGAAAAUCAACUCAAAAAUAGUUUUGGCCGUCUUUUCUAAAUGUUAGAAAUUCUUCAGGAGUUGAAUUAGGUAAGUUCCCAAAACAGUCAUCUGAGAUAUGUCUCAGAUCUUUAUUACCACUACAUUAUAGUAGUGUGUAUGCAGACAAUCAGUGAAAUUCAAUUACUUUCUCCAUUUUGGAGACAAAAGCAGAACAUAGAGCUAAAUCUUAGGUUAAAUUUUAGAUUGAAAUCUUAGGCAGAUGCUAGGGGGAAAAAUGGUUAAAAUAGAACUCAUGAUGGCUUCAAAAAAAAUAAAGUGAAGCGACUUAUUAACAUACUAUGCUUUAAAGUUGAUUAUAUUCCUAACCUUAGGUUAAACUACAAAAUUUGAUUUAAAAUGUUUAUAUUGGAAAUACUUGCAUAGAUUAUAAAUCAUUUUGUAGUUUCAUAUUGUGUAAAUAUAAGUUGCAAUGUGCAGAAUUCUUUAUGCUUUGACUUGGUAGCCAAAGAAAGAAUUAUCAUGCUUUUUCAAGGCCAGCAGAAACUUAUUUUUAACUGCAUAGUAGUUUGUUUCCUUUACUAAAAAUUGGUUAGUUACAUUUUGUUUUCAGUAGUGUGUUAGAAGGUUAGUUAAUUUACAUCUCAGUAAUGUCUUUUUGUUAUGUCAAUAACAGAAUUUCCCUAAAAAAACUAGACGGCCUAGCAAAUAUAUAAGAGAUAUUAUGAAGCAAAAAUUAUUUUUGAAAACCCAGAAUACUUUUCACUCAAAUAGUGACUAAAGAAAAAAUAUAUUUCAUUUAUGCAAGGAUCUUAUUAGCAAAGUGUCUUAUUAGGAAAGAUGGCCAAAAGUUUGAUAUAAAAAAAUUGAUUAUUUCAGUAGCUUAAAUCAGUAAUGAUGUUUCAUGUUUAAAAAAAGUAUUUACACAGAAUCACAAUGAAUGAAACUGAUCAUUGAAAACCAGUUUUUACCUGUUUGGUUAUUAACAGAUUGGUGUGGGCACUGUUUGAACAUAGGUACAUGUUUUCUUGUGCUUUCUCUAUUAUUUCAGGAAAAGUACUACUCAUGAGAACUUUCUUCCAAAAUUGUGAUGUUUCUUGUAUUUUGAUGAAGGAGAAAUACUGUAAUGACCACUGUUUACACUAUGCUCACUUUAGGCCAGCCCUUUGUAGCGUUAUAUAAAGCUGAAAGUCUUUUGUGCUUUCAGUUUGUAUAAAAAAGCUUUGAGAUUAAAGGAAAAAAAUUUUUACACUGUGGUUAUAAAUUUCAAGUUUCUUAAAGCUUUUGUAGACUUGUAACAAAGUCUUUAAAUUUUAGUUGGAUUUUGUAAAUUGUUUUGUAUAUUUUAUUUAAUGUACUCUUAACAACUGAUGUAUCUGGCUUUAAAACAUCAGAAUCAGUUUGUUGUUUUGUUUGGUACAGAGGAGCAUUUGGUAGUGUUAAUUUUAAUUUUAUUAUAUAGGAGCUGAAACAUCAAAUAUAUAUUUUAUCAUUAUGCUACACAAUCAGUGCUAUAAAUUUUUUUAUGCAAAGAACUUUCUUAAUGUUUUAAUCAUUUUUUUCUGAGUGACACUUUUGUUGUUAAUAGCAAUUAUGAGCACUCUGCAUUAGGAUUCCAUGAACCUAUGUGUGUUCAUCAGAAAUGCAAGUUAUUUUUUUUAAUCAACAAUGAGGCCUAUUAUAAAUUUAUCAACCUGAAUCUGGAUAGCUUUAUAGCAUAUAAAAUAUAUUAAUUUGUGUUAGCAGGUGCACAUUUCACCCCUGAAAUUAGAAAUAUUUUGACAGUCUAUUCUGCAUACCAUUCUGAACCUACUUUUCUGUCUUACAAGAAUCGUAAAUUUCAAUGUCCUUUAUUUGACGCAGUGGGAUAUAGCUGUUAGAAGUAAUAGGGCACAGAUGUGCAGUAGAGCCUUGUUUAAUGGCAUUUCACUGUUCAUUCCCUUGGCCACCGUUAUAAACUUUUCUUUAUUGUAAUUAUCAGUGCAAAGCUAUGUAUUUAUCAUGGUAGAACUCCAGUGUUAGAAUAGUUUUUUCUUACAGUAUACUUUCUUUGGUUAGGUUUGUGUAUGUGUUGCUGAUUACAUUAGAACUUGAUGUUAAGUCAUUAUUUAUCACACUCUCAUGAGAGCAGUAAUAAAAGUGUGUAAUCUAGGAGAAAAAGUUAAUUUGUCAAACUUAGAUAAGCAUGAGGCUUAGGUCCUAUUUUUCAAUUUUAUAACUGUUUUAUUGCAACAAUAUUUGUAUUUAAGUCUCCCAUUUUAAUGCCUUGUGGUGUUUUUUUAUGCAUGUCACUAAGUUGUCAUCCCACAUAAAUUGAUGUGCAGCAUAGGGUAUUAAAUCUACAUGAUGAUUUUAAAACAGAAAUAGUUGAUGGUAAAAUGUAAAUGUUUUGCAAAAAUUCCUUAUAAAACUUUCGUAGUAACAUUUCACUUGUAAAUUUUUUUUGUAAAAAAGAAAAUGAAGAAAAAAAAAGAUGAAUCAGGAAAACAAAAAACAAAAAAAACCACCCUUGUUUCCCAUAGUCUAGAAUUUAGACAAUUACUCUGCCAGCAAAGCCUCUGGGGCUGUAAUUGACAUUUUUACAGUGCUGAUUUGUAUAAAAUUUGUUUUUUGUGGAUUUGGAAAUAAAAUCAUGUACAAGUUGUUGCCUGCAAUAACAAUUGCAAGUAACCUAUUAAAAAUUCCCUUGAGUUUAACAUGUUUCAUUUAAUUAUGUCUACUAUAAAGCAGCAAUAAAUUGUUUGAACUAUCAACCUU